AUGAAACCGCACAACUUCUUGCAAGCCUUAGUUCUCACGGCUUCAGUCAUCGUGAAUGCCGGAACGAAACCCAGACCUGCAGUCGGCUCUUCCAGUUCUGGCAGAAAGAGUAAUGGAGAAACUCGCAAGUUUAUCGUAGAAGUCGAGCCGGUAACAGAAAACCAUGGCCUAGCUACAGUGACCCGCCAGUUUCUUAUGAAGCCUGACAAGCACAGGCCGUUAUUCCAGAGCUUUGAUUGCAGUGAUGUUUUCAAUGGAAUGGUGGUAGAAACCGACACGGAUGAUACGGAUACACUAUUCCAGAUGGAGGGAGUUGUCAAUGUCUGGCAAGCACACACAGUGUCGAUGCCAAAGGUUGAAAAGUCAAAACAUGGCCCGUCUUCCUCGAUAAGAAACUACUCUAUUCACCAUUGGACUGGCGUCGACAAACUGCACGCUGCUGGCAUACGCGGUAAAGGGGCGACUGUUGCUAUAGUUGACACAGGUAUCGAUUAUACACACAAAGCGCUUGGAGGAUGCUUUGGCCCCGGAUGUAAAGUCAAGGGGGGUUAUGAUCUUGUGGGAGCUGAGUGGGAGACACACAAUGAGAAGAAACACCCUAAGCUACCCGACAACGAUCCUAUGGACUAUCAAGGCCAUGGGACACAUGUAGCUGGUAUUGUUGCUGCCGAGAAUGAAUGGCUCACUGGAGUUGCCCCUGAUGCGGAACUUCUUAUCUACAAAGUAUUCUCUGAUAAUCCGUGGGAAACUGACGAGGUGACUAUCAUGCAAGCAUUGUGUGAUGCUUACAACGCUGGAGCCGACAUUAUCACUUCGAGCAUUGGACAACCGAACGGAUGGUCUGAUAACCCUUGGGCCGUGCUAGCCAGUCGACUAGUCGACAGAGGAGUUGUGGUAAUCGCAUCAGCUGGUAACGAAGGGGAGUUUGGGCCUUUCUACUCAAGUAGCGGUGCUGUCGGUCACGGUGUUCUUGCCGUGGCCGCUGUAAAUGUUACCACGAAGCCCAAUGCUAACAAAACCGGCGAGGAUUAUGGACCAAUGCCUGUAUACUUCACCACCUGGGGACCAACUAACGAGUUGCUCCUCAAGCCCGAUAUCGCUGCUCCGGGUUUUGACAUAACGAGCACCGUCUUGAAUCAGAGCUAUGAAGAAUUGAGUGGGACAUCGAUGUCUGCGCCAUACAUAGCAGGCAUUGCGGCCUUGUUCAUUGGAGAAUACGGUGGGCGUGCUUUCAAUGGCGCUGGACUGGGCAAGAUGCUUCGAGACCGUAUUGCAUCAAGUGGGAAAAGUCUACCAUUUGUAAACAGCCAUCUCGUUCGAAAAUUCAAGUCCCCGCCAUUUCAAGUCGGCACUGGGUUGGUCGACGCAUUCAAAGUUCUCAACUACGACACACAGCUUGAAUACGAGCCUUUUGCGCUCAAAGACACCGAAUUAUUCAAACCACAUUGGAGGUUCAACAUCACCAAUACUGGUGGGAGGACGCAUAGAUAUCACUUCAAGCUCGAGCCCCAGGCAGGCUUUGAUAUCUAUGAUGCGAACUAUGGGGUUUCUCUACUAUAUGGUAUUGAACCAAAGAACAUCGUUCCUCCUGUCAGACUCCCUCAUACGGUCUUCAUUGAGCCAGGAGAAACAAGAGAGCUGAGUGUCAGGUUCGGUCUCCCCGAUGUAGAUGACGAUUACCUGCCAUUGUAUGGAGGCAAGGUAUGGAUCAUUUCUGACCAUGGCGAAAAGUUAUCCAUUCCAUACGGAGGAGCCGCAUAUGAUACAGAAAAGGCAUUCGACAACAUGUUUAUUGUUGAACCAUUCGUCACUGAUCCCAACAAAGACUUGACUUGGUCUUUUAAUAUCGACAAGGAUCCGAAUGAUUUUAUUGAGGUUGGUGGCAGGCUGUCAUACGCUUGCCACAACCUUAGAUGGGAUAUAUUUGAACAAGGCUGGACAGAAUCGCUAUGGACCUAUCCCCCUCGUAUUGGCGAGUAUGGAUACGUCGGCUCCGCGACAACGAUGCGAGAUGCUGAAGAGUUCUGGUUCUUCGACCCUUCCAUCAAUGACCCUAACGACACAGUGCCCUUUCCUCUCAAACGAGAACCGCGCGGCUUUCAUGUCUUUUGGUGGUUCGGUAAACUCGCCAACGGCACAAGGAUUUCGCCAGGAAACUACACCAUGAGAUUUGCGGCCCUGAGACCAUAUGGGAAUCCAAACAUCUCGGAUCACUGGGACGUCAUGUACAGACCUGUGGAUAGCAGUAUACAGGUGCUGCCGUAUAACGAUACACGCAGCUCGAAUUUGACGUACAGGGCACCGCGGUACCAGAUGCCGAGUCUUGGCAAGGCUUAA